UCCGUUGGAUCACCUUCUGCUUACUUUAAAAUCAAACCGGCAUGGAUGAUCACAGCACCUUGCCCAACUCGAUAACCCAAAGGGGCUCUGAGCAACCAGCCCAGCCUACAGCGGGCUGCAGUCAAGUAGAUGGAGUGGAUGGAACAGCAGAAAACGAAAAUCAGAUGGAGGACACUUUCAUGGACUUGGAAGACGAGAUGUUCUUCAAAGACAGACGGAGAGCGAAGUCUCUGCCUGCUUAUCCAGAACAAGCCACCCUCUUUAAUGAAAUUUCGCAAAGCUGCCGAAAGAAAGUUAAGUUUGCCGACGCGCUGGGACUCAGCCUGGCCAGCGUGAAGCACUUCAGCGCCGCUGAAGACCCACAGAUCCCCUCCAAGGUCUUCUCCAGGCUGCAAAAUUUCGUCCAUCAACCUGACAAAGACCUGCGGGAGGUGUGCGAGAAACUGGGCUCCACCUUGACCAUGGAUCGCUUGGUGCCCACUUUCAAGAUGCCGGUGGAGUGUAAGGAUUUUGAGACCCGUGUGAAGCAGCGACAGGUAUCGCUGGAAAAGGUGACAGUCACGAUGUUUGACGUGAAGGGGCUAAUCAAGGUGCCUGCUGGUGCUGGAUACAAGAAGGAAGUCGGGGUGAGGUACACCUUCAACGACUGGCUGUCCUUUGUGGAUGCACAGGCCAUAGCAGUGCCGGUGGAGGACUCGGCUGGCACCUACGAGCGCUUCACCUUCACCAUGUACACGCCCCCCUUUUUGGAGGCCGGCUCCUUGGUGCACUUUGCGGUUUAUUCAAAGACUGAUCAGGGUGAGUUCUGGGACAACAACGAAGGGCACAACUACACCUUGAAGUACCACUGCACCACCAGCAAUGAAACGGCAGCAUUCAAUGCUACCUAAGGGAAAGACGUUCAAGAAAUGUAUAUCCUUUGAUGAAAUAAAAGCAAGUGG